AUGGCACAGUUUCUGCGCCUGAAAAUUAGAGGAAUUCGAAGUGUUGGAGAUGAUGAAAGAAAUGCACAUUUUAUUGAAUUCUUAUCGCCAUGCACAUUAAUCAAUGGACCAAAUGGAACUGGAAAAACAGUCAGUUAAUUUUUUUUUGAGAAAUACGAUUUUUCAAAAUUAAACCAAAACAACGUGAUUUCAAUUUAGACCACUAUCGAAGCUUUGAAUUAUAUUACAACCGGCGCACUACCAUCUGGAAAAAUGAAUGCAUUUAUUCACAGUAUUGCAAUGGCUAAAAAAUCUCGAGUUGAUGCUUCGGUUACACUAGAAUUUCUUGAUGUAAAGAAACGAUUAUGUACAGCAACAAGAAGAAUGACUUGUUCACUAAAGGGAGGAAAAGAGAAAAAAAUGAAGUGUCAAUCGGAAGAAUUCAAUUUGGUUAUCAAAUAUCCGGAUGGAACAACCAGUUCGAUUUCGAGUAAAGUUGCCGAUUUUGAGAGAGCGGUGAGAAUUCAGAUUUUAUUCAAAAAAUGUUGGAUUUUUGUUUAGAUUCUUCAUCAUCUUGGAGUGCCUAAAUCAAUUUUCAAUCUUGUGAUUUUCUGUCAUCAAGAAGAUUCAACAUGGCCACUCAGCGAGCCAAAAGAACUCAAACUCAAAUUUGAUCAGAUUUUUCAGCUCACGAAAUUCGUUAAAGCACAAGAUCAGAUGAAAAAAUUGAAAAAAGAAUAUGUGAGUUUCACUUCUUUUUUUCGAAAACGGUCAAAACACACGACAAGUUUAGGAUUCGGAAUUGAAGAUGUUGGUUGAAAGAGAGAUGCGAUGUUUGGAUCAACUGAAAAUCAAAAUUGAAAAUACGAAAAUCCGUGAUAAAUGUUUGAAAAAGAAAGAAGAGCGAGGUUCACAAUUGGAAGAAAUCAAAGAGAAGAAAACUGAAUUAAUGGGAGAAAAAGCUGAUAUUGAAAAACGAUUGGGACAUGUUGAAAAAUGUUUGAGAGAUGCUGGUUAGUAGACAAAGCUUUUUUAUUCAAAAAAUUGUAUGAUUUUUAGAACGGAAAGAAAUCGAGCUUCGAAAUUUGGCUGAACAAAUCAAAAUUCUUCGAGUUGAGCCAUAUUCUGGAACAGAACAACAACUUAGAGAUGAAAUUCGUGAACUUGACAAUGAAAAUUCGAGUUUUGAAAGUGAAAAACAUUCAAUUGCAAUCAAACUCAGAGAAGUGUCUCGUGAAAUCGAAUCUUAUUCAAAAAUCAAACGAGAACUUGAAAAUGAAAUAGCAAAUUUGAAUGCAUAUGUAAUUCAUCGAGAAAACAUUGUUAGAGAACUUGGAGAACUCGAAGAAUCGCUGAAAUUCGAAUUGGAUGUUGAAACUGAGAAUCAAGAUGAAUUUUUGAAUGCUUUGGAUGAUCGAAUUAGAGAGAAAAGGGAUAAAAUUGAAGAAAGUGCGAGAAUUGGAGUGGAUGAAAUUGAUGAAAUACAAAGAAAUGUUGAUGAAGCACAAAAAAAUGUGACUAAAAAUGAGGUUGAAUUGAAAAAUUGUGAGAAAGAUGGAGCCAAAAUUGAAGAUGAAAUUGAAGCAAUUGAAAGAAAGUUGAAAUCAAUUGAUGGAUCAUCUACAAAGUGAGAAAAAAAGCAUCUCACGAAAAAUAUUUGUUUUUUUUCAGAAUCGAAAAACUCACUCUUCAAAAAGAUAAAAUUGAAGCACAACUUCAAUCGUUGCCAGAAUUCGAUGAGAAUUCUUUGAGUGAUUUGAUUCAUCGAAGAAAUGAAACACAAAAAGAAUUGGAUAUUCUUCAGAAAAAAUGCAAAGAAGCUGAACAAUUUGCAGAAGCUGAAAAGGAAAUAAGAAAGAAAUCGGAAGAAUUGCAAAAUUCGAAAGACAAACUUGAGAAAUUUUCGAGAAAACAUGAAAAAAAUUGGGAUGUUUUAUAUGGAGAAGCUAAAAAACCUGAGGCGCCAUGGAGUAGUAUUGUUAAAGGUUUGAAUCAUUUUCAGAAAUGGUAUUUUUAAAUAGCCACGUUUUAGUUCACGUAUUCACUGUAAAAAUAAUAUUUAUCAACUUGAAAUAUUCAGUUCUCAAUUUUUGUUUUUAGAAACUUCAAAAGAAAUUCGCAAGGGUCUUGUAAAUGUCGAAGAACAACUCAAAAACAAUCAACUUGCUGCAAAUCGUUGUUCUACAAUUAUUCAACAAGCAAAAAACGAGGAAGAGAAGAUUAGCUUCAAAGUGGAAUUACUCGAAGAGCAAAUUUCGGAAAGUUGUGGUUGUUCACCGGAAGAAGUUUCUGAAAAAUUGAAAGAUGUUCGAACAAAAUUGAAAUUAUUGAGAAAAGAAUUGGCACCAAUUGAUGCAAAAAUUGUAAGUUUUUAUUGAAAAAUUGUUCAAUUUUCGUCUUUUCUUUCAGGUUCUCUACGAUUCUUGGAUCGAGGAAUCCAAUACGAAAUCUUGUUGUCCACUUUGUGAUCGAAAAUUCACCACGAAAUCUGCAACCACUUCAUUUUCUCAAAAACUUCAAGAUGUCUCUUUCAAUUUUCCAAAUGAUAAAGAAGAUCUUGAAAAAAAAGUUAUUUUUGCGGAAGAAGAAGAGCAAAAAUAUUCGAUUGCUGAAACAAAUGCAAAUGAACUUUCGAAAUUGAAAAGUGAAUUGGCGGAAAAACGAAGAAUCUUGAAGAAAUUCGAAGAAGAACUCAAAGAGCAUGAAAAUAGUGUUGAAGAAACCAAAGAAGGUCAACAUGAAUGCAAUAACAAUUUGAAAUGUAUUAUGGAAAUACAAAAUGAUGUUGGAAUGAUGGAUUCGAUUUAUGCCCAAAUUCAAAAACUCACAGGCGAAAUUCAAACACUUCAAAAAUCAUUUUCCAGUUCUGAACAUUCAGAAAGCUAUUUAGAACUCAAAGAAAAAUGUGCUGAAAAAGAGGAACUAUAUAGAGAAAUUGUGAGAAAAGGAGACACUUUGCAGAAUUCAGCAAAUCGCAGAAAUAAUUUAGAAGCUGAAUUGAAUAAAAUUCGAGAAGAACGAGUUUCGUUGGGUGAAACUGCCACGCAAGCAGCACAUUUCAGAGAUCAGGGAAGUAUAUAUUUUGUAGUUUGAAAAUACGUAGCAUUGUGUUAUUUUUAGUUGUCCACGAAAAAAGCUGAAUUGAAAGAAUGCGAAGAAAAAUACGAUCGUCUAAAACGCGAACUUCCUUCAAUCAAAAGACAAUAUGAGAAUGUUUGUAUGGAGAGAAAUCAAAGAAAUGAUGAAAGAAGACAAGCAGAAGCUGUACAUCUUCGAACUAUUAAUGGUAUGUUUUCUAACAAGUGGAUUCUUUGAUAAGUCCGCGGUUUUUUUUCAGAAUUGAAAACAAAAAAAGCGAAGUUUGUAGAAUUGGCAGAAAAGGCUGACAGAACUACCCAAAGUUCAAUUCAAUUAGAAGAGCGGAAAAAUGAGUUUAUGAGAGUUUCAAAUGAUUUAGAAAUUCAGCAAAAAAGAAAAAUGACUUUGGAAUUGGAUAUUAAUAAUUUGAAUGGAAAUGUAAGUUUUCUAUUCAAAUCAAAAUAAUACAAUUGUAUUUUAGAAUACUAGACGUCGAACUCUUGAAGAUCAAAUGUCACGAAUGAAUGUAGAAAAGAAAGCAAGUCAACUUGAACAGGAAAUUGAAACUUUGAAAAAAUUAGGAGCUGAUCGGAAGAAUGCUGAACAAAUGAGAGAAAAGCUUCGAAAUAUUUCGAGUGAAUUCCAAACAAUUUGUCAAAAUGAAAUUCGAUUGACAGCGUAUUUAGAGGAAAAUGAAGUGACUUUGAAGCAAGCAAAUGGAAAAUUGGCUGUUUCAGAUGUUAGAAAUGCACCGGAUAAUUAUAGAAAUGUUGUAUUAGAUGUUGCGUUAGUCAAGGAAACUGUUCAGGUUAGGGAAUUUCAAAAAAAAAUUGAAAAUAAAAUGAUGUUUCAGGAUCUCACAAAAUAUAUGCAAUGCCUUGAUAAAUCACUCAUCAAAUUCCACGCUGAAAAAAUGUCAGCAGUCAAUGAAAUAGUUGAUGAAUUAUGGAGAAAGGUGUAUAAUUCAACAGAUAUUGAAACUAUUCGAAUUCGCUCGAAUUCCGCCGAAACAUCUUCAUCAAGUUCAAAAACUCGUGCAUAUGAUUAUAUGGUUGUGAUGGUAACAGAAGGUGGAUUGGAAACUGAAAUGAGAGGAAGAUGUAGUGCUGGACAGAAAAUGUUGGCAUCUUUGAUUAUUCGAUUGGCUUUGGCUGAAGUUUUUGGAGGAUUGUGUUCGAUGAUUGCAUUGGAUGAACCAACUACUAAUUUGGAUGAUUCAAAGGUUUGUUUUUCGUGAAUUUUUGGAAAAUCCGGAAUUGGGCCGAGUUAUCAGAAUCGGCUCAAAAUCAUGCUAUUAAAAAUGUUCUCAAGCCAAAAUCGCAACUUCAAAACAUUUGAAAAUUACAGUCGUAUUCCUGUUAACAUUUGACUCCAAAAAUCAUCUCUCAUAAAACCCGCCAUUUUCUAGGUCGAAGGGAUGGCUGAAGUUUUAAAUGAAUUGAUUGUAUGCCGUGAAGGAUUUGAUGAAAAUGGACGUCGUCGUGGAAGACAAAUGCAAAUGGUUGUUAUCACUCACGAUGAAAGAUUGGUCAAUCUAUUGACAUUGGGUUGUAGACCAGAAUAUAUUUAUUGUCUUGGAAAAAAUGAAAAUGGAUUGAGUAACUUGAAGAAAAGAUAUCCAGACGGGUUAGUUUUUGGGUCAAAGAUUUUUAGUUACCGGAAGUUCUAGAAAUAUCACGCGAUUUUUCAAUGUCUUUUGAUAACACUUUUUUUUUGAAAAAAAAAAAGAAUCGCUCUGAAAAAUGAUAAGCCCUAGAAAAUGUUUUUUUUUUCAGACGCGAAGUUUUCGUCACCAAAAAAUAA